UUGAUCUUCAUGUCCCUAUCUGUGUCUUUCAUUGUUGAUCUUCAUCGUUGCUCUCGGUGGCUGAAGAGGAGUUGGGCAUGGAGAACGUGGUGGGACUUCUCAAGGUGCGGGUGUUGCGGGGGGUCAACCUUGUCUCUCGUGACUCCUCGGGCAGUGACCCGUACCUUAUGGUCACCAUGGGCGACCAGAAACUGAAAACUAGUGUGAAGAAGUCUAAUGUCAAUCCAGAGUGGAAUGAAGACUUAACACUUUCAGUUGCCGAGCCUGUUGAUCCAAUUAAGCUUGAAGUCUUUGACAAAGACACAUUCACCCGAGACGACAAAAUGGGUGAAGCAGAGUUCAGCAUCCAACCACUUCUCGAUGUGGUAAAAAUGAAUCUUGAAGACAUGCCUGAUGGUUGCCUGAUGAGCAGUGUGUUACCCAGUACUCAAAACUGCUUAGCAGUUGAGAGCCCCAUCAUCUGGAAAAAUGGCAUUCUCACUCAAGAUGUUAUUCUGAGGCUAAGAAAUGUUGAAAGUGGUGAAAUAGAACUGCAACUCCAGUGGGUCAACAUCCCCAAAUUCCCAUGAUUUUGUGAGCCAUGCUGCAAAAGCUAUGCAUUUUCUCUUGUAUCAAUAUGAAUGAUCAAAAUCUCCCUUUCAAUCUAUGGUUGUGAUAUGAUAUUAAAACAAGUAAAUAAUGGGGUUUUUGUUGGUGUUCUUGAACACAGUUGUAGCUUUUUGCAAACUCUAUAUGAACUAUACUGCACUGCAGCUUGUAUGCAGUUGUUGC